GUCCUUACAGGGUACCAGGCAUUCGUCAACGACGAUAUCAUCUUUCAAUACCUUGAAAGUUAUUAUCGACAAAUGAUUUAGAUUAUUUCCCCCCGUCAGUUCGAAUCAUCAUCACGUUCGCUCGCCGUUCGAUAACGCCUGACAAGACAGUAUGGGGAAGUAUAAUCUAACCGCACUCCGAGUUCGACAGACUGCUUUGCGCCAGAGGGCAAACGGGAAAAUUGACAAACUGCCGGAAUGGGUCGAUAUUGUCGGUGAUAUUCCCCCAGCGCAGGUCGUUGUUCGUCAUCAACCCAUUCAGCAUGAGUAUCUCCGCCAGCGAGUUAGGACAGUGCCCGGCACUUCGAAGCUGGAGGUCUAUUUUGAGAGCAUAAACCAGCGACGGACCAACCGCAACAAGAAACCCAGCAAACUUUUUCAGCCUCUAAAGAUCAAAUAUGAAGAAGAUCAACUUCGAAAGGAAUUCUUCCGCGACCAUCCAUGGGAGCUGGCAAGACCACGAAUCGUACUCGAGAAAAGCGGAAAGGAUUUUGAGAACUACGACUGGAGUCGAAUACAACAACCGGGGAAGAGACUGGAUGGUGAAAGCGUGGUACAACGACAACUAUGGCUUCUCAAUAACGUACCCGACAUGACAAAGACAGCUGCAUAUGAUAUUGCUCGUCGAGAAUUUUACCGCCUUCGUCUGCGACAGGAAAUUGAACAAAGGGUGGCGGCAGAAGAGGCCGAGGCAACGGGCGCCGUGUUUGGACCUCGCAUGUUGGACAUCUCAAUGGAACUUGAAGGAAAAGUCUAUGAAGACUGGAAGGUGUGGGCAAAGACUCAAGCCCAGAUUAUGGACCAGAAAACAGCAGCAUUUGUUGGCGCCCCGGAAGUCGCGAUCCCUCCAGAUGAUAGUAAAGUGAGCGUCAUGGAGGCUGAGGUUGAGGUGGAAGCCGUGGCGUAAUCAUCACGCAUUAUACAUGAACUGUACUUUAUUCAACUAUAUCUUUUUAGUUAACCGGUUGUACUCUGUAUGAUAGGAGAUCGCUGUUCUUCCCUUUAUUUUGUAUAA